AUGAACAGAACAUUUCAUGAACGCUAUAGGCAGUUGAAUCAGUCAGGAUCUUUAAAGAAUUCUUCAUCCCUGCUACAAUUGAAAGAGGAUCUUAAGAGGUUUAUAACUACGAUAAAGGACAGCGACAAGGAACUUCAAUAUCAAAUGCUUUUGACACCUAUUUGCUAUGACAUUGCUCGUCUCAGUGAAGAUGCUACCAUUGCCGAAACACACUGGAAGGAAUGCAUUGAAAUAAUAAAAACUGCAAAUUUUGUAACGGAAGCUAUUUUGCUAUAUAUUGGAGCAUAUCUUAAUUUAGGCAUUCUGUACAAUAAACAAUCGGAAAAUAAAAAAACUCUGAAAUUUCUCGCGGAAGCGGAGACGAUUUACAAGAAGUAUAAGAGAGAGGCUUGUGAUACUAAAAAUUUCCGCCAAGUGGACAACCUCUACAAGAACAUUACAAUGAUCUUAGGUCAAGUAUAUCAAAACUUGGACAUAUAUCCGAUGUCCGCCAAAUAUAACUACAUAUCUAUGAAGCUGGCAUUUGAAAGUAAAUCGUACAAACAUCAUGAAUUAGCCUGGCAAUCAGCCAAUCUUUCCGUUUUCUAUGUUAAAAGUAAUAACUUCAAACAAGCUCGACGAUAUUUGGCAGCAGCAAAUUACUUCGCAAAUGAAUUUAAAUUGGUGGCCUUACCGAUUCAUCAUCAAGAUGUCGAAAUGAUAUUUGCCUAUUUAAAUCGUUACUGGGCAAAAUACGGUAUUGCUCUAUUGUUGGAGUCAAGGAAACGUUUGGACGGGAUAGUGGAUAUGUUAACAACAGACGUCAACAGCAUAAAAUUGAACGACACCGAUAUGCCUUUCUUAUAUGAUCGUUUACCAUUAGCUCUAUAUGAAAGUGAAAUAACCGCUGAUUACGUGACAACAUAUAAGGAUGCCAAUAAAAUUUUCUUAUUCUCUAAAAGAUGUCUUGAAAAAGCCAAGAAAUAUUGCACACCCAAUGAUGAAAUAGAAAUAUAUGUCGAUGUAAUGAAGGAUUUAACCAAUAUUUAUGACCAAAUAACCUAUUUUAAAAAAGACGGUAAACAUGAAUUCGAAAUGCAAAAUGUGCGUAUCAAAAUCUACAAAGAACUACUUGACAAUCUAAAUACGCAAACACAUUUAUCAAUAUGUCGCCAAUGUUGGUAUGACAUGGCUAUGUGUUAUAGUAUUCAGAUUAUUCUCAAGUCCCGUUUGCAUGGCAAUGAUGUCCAGCAGCUAACAGCAGAUGCCAUUGAGUGCUUCGAAAAGGUGAUUGCCUCAUCCAAAGGUGGUUCUAGUUUCUUUAAACCUAACUUGACCCUUGACGAGAAGAUACUAUGCAUGAACGCCCAUUAUAAACUUGGCAUAUUACAUGUUAGAUCUCUACACCUUAACGUGCCUGGCUCGAUGAAAAUGAUUAUGUUAUAUUUUAACACAUUUGUCGAUGAGUGUACAAAGGAUGAGGAAUUGAGAAAUAUAUUCAAAUGUGAUAUUGAAUCGGCUAGAUUAGAGAUGAUGAAAGCUUUAGCUUCAGGGACAUUGUUCAACUAUGAAUGUGAAACUAAUAAAAGGAAUACAUAG